UGUGUGUGUGUGGGGGGAAUAAUAGACAGGAAAGAGGAGGGAGGGAAACUUGCUUGCGGUGGGAAACUUGAUGGAUUUGUGCCCUGCCGACAGCAGCGCGGAGUGAGCAGCCCUGGCCGGCUGGAUGGAUGAUGGGAAUCUCACCAUGAGGCAGAUAGCUGAUCAGCUUCCCUGGAUUUCGCUGACGCCACAGGAAAGCUUUGCCUGAAGAUGGAAACACUGGAGUCAGAACUGACCUGCCCUAUCUGUCUGGAGCUGUUUGAAGACCCGCUGCUGCUGCCUUGCGCUCACAGCCUCUGCUUCAACUGCGCGCACCGCAUCCUGGUCUCCCACUGCGCCACCAACGAGCCGGUGGAGUCUAUCACCGCCUUCCAGUGCCCGACCUGCCGCUAUGUCAUCACCCUCAGCCAGCGCGGUCUAGACGGGCUCAAGCGCAACGUCACCCUGCAGAACAUCAUCGACAGGUUUCAGAAAGCCUCCGUCAGCGGGCCCAACUCCCCCAGCGAGACUCGCCGGGAGCGGGCGUUUGAUAACAACAGCAUGUCGUCCUGCGAGAAGGUGCUCUGCCAGUUCUGCGACCAGGACCCUGCCCAGGAGGCGGUGAAAACCUGCGUUACCUGCGAGGUGUCCUACUGCGAGGAGUGCCUGAAAGCCACUCACCCCAACAAGAAGCCCUUCACCGGCCACCGUCUCAUUGAGCCCAUCCCGGACUCUCACAUCAGAGGAUUAAUGUGCUUGGAGCAUGAGGACGAGAAAGUUAACAUGUACUGUGUGACUGAUGACCAGUUAAUCUGUGCCUUGUGUAAACUGGUCGGGCGACACCGUGACCAUCAGGUGGCAGCUUUAAGUGACCGCUAUGACAAGCUAAAGCAAAAUUUGGAGAGUAACCUCACCAACCUUAUUAAGAGGAACACUGAACUGGAAACUCUUCUGGCAAAACUCAUUCAGACCUGUCAGCAUGUAGAAGUAAAUGCAUCCCGCCAAGAAACCAAGCUGAUGGAAGAAUGUGACCAACUCAUUGAAAUAAUCCAGCAAAGACGGCAAAUAAUUGGAACCAAAAUCAAAGAAGGAAAGGUGGUGAGGCUGAGAAAACUGGCUCAGCAGAUUGCAAACUGCAAGCAGUGCAUUGAGCGCUCAACGUCCCUCAUCUCUCAGGCAGAGCAGUCACUGAAGGAGAACGACCAUGCUCGCUUCCUGCAGACUGCCAAAAAUAUCACUGAAAGGGUUUCCAUGGCAACUGCAUCCUCCCAGGUUCUAAUUCCUGAAAUUAAUCUCAAUGAUACUUUUGAUACUUUCGCACUUGAUUUUACCAGGGAGAAGAAAUUGUUGGAAUGCCUUGAUUACCUUACAGCUCCCAACCCUCCCACCAUUCGAGAAGAGCUCUGUACAGCCUCCUAUGAUACCAUCACUGUGCACUGGACAUCAGAUGAUGAGUUCUGUGUGGUUUCCUACGAGCUGCAGUACACCAUCUUCACUGGACAAGCCAACGUUGUCAGUUUAUGCAACUCAGCCGACAGCUGGAUGAUUGUUCCCAAUAUCAAACAGAACCACUACACAGUGCACGGGUUGCAGAGUGGCACCAAGUACAUCUUCAUUGUCAAGGCCAUCAAUCAGGCUGGCAGCCGCAGCAGUGAGCCUGGCAAGCUCAAGACAAACAGUCAGCCAUUUAAACUGGACCCCAAAUCUGCUCAUAGAAAAUUGAAAGUGUCUCAUGAUAACUUGACAGUGGAGCGGGAUGAGACAUCAUCCAAGAAGAGCCACACACCAGAGCGAUUCACGAGCCAGGGCAGCUACGGCGUGGCUGGCAACGUCUUCAUCGACAGCGGGCGGCACUACUGGGAGGUGGUGAUAAGCGGCAGCACGUGGUAUGCUAUUGGCAUUUCCUACAAGUCAGCACCGAAGCACGAGUGGAUUGGCAAGAACUCAGCCUCCUGGGUGCUCUGCCGCUGCAAUAACACGUGGGUGGUGCGGCACAACAGCAAAGAAAUCCCCAUCGAGCCCGCGCCUCACCUCCGGCGCGUCGGGAUUUUGCUGGACUACGACAACGGUUCCCUUGCCUUUUAUGAUGCUUUGAACUCCCUACACCUUUACACUUUUGACAUUACAUUUGGCCAGCCAGUGUGCCCCACGUUCACGGUGUGGAAUAAAUGUUUGACCAUUAUAACAGGCUUGCCCAUCCCUGACCACCUAGACUCCUCUGAGCAGCUCGCGUGAGUGCUGAAAGCCAAAAGGUAGGAGGGCACAUCUUCCAGGGCGGCCAGGCAGGGCCACCAGGAGCUCACCCAGAGCUGGAGGAUCCACGUGGCAUCCCAGACAAUGCUGCCAAAUUCGGGCAAAACUGACAAGGAGAGAAAAUCUCUUCCUGUGUAUUUUGUACUGAAGGACAAGAAGUGGCUUUAAUAGUACCUUAGAACUCUUUUUUUCAGUUUCUUUUGUUUGGUUGGUUUUGUAUUUCAUCUCCUACAGGAAGAUUUAUAAAUUAUUUAUAAAAAUGAAAAAAAAAAGAGAAAAGUGAAAGCCUAGUAUGGACAUCUGGGAAAUGACUUCUUGUUUUUUUGGGAAGGGGGGGUUUUUUGCACAUUGGUGGUCCUGUUAAUUAAAGUUUCAUCAGCCUUUUGAAUAAUUUUAUUUUACAGUGGAUAAUAGAAGAAAAUUGGAAAGAUGAAAACUGCAUAGUGGACAAGUCAUUAUACUUCAGGUUUUACUUGUACCAACAUUAGUGGUCUCAUUACCAGCCUUGUCGAGUGUGAGAGCUCUCAAUUUCUACUUUGCACAUGGGAAUGUGCAGAACAAAAGAACAAAAAUAAGCAAGCGAGGAAGUGAAGCUCGCCAACACAGCAAAAGAAUAAAGUUUAAUUUACUUCUAUUCACAGGGCAAUGCUCUCUCUGUUCAUAAAAAACAUGUGGAGUAUCUCCUAGAAAUGUGAGUGGAUAAAUCAUCUGGUGAUUUAUUUUAUUGAUGGCAAUAUUCCCAUCUACCAGUGCUUCACUUUCGUCUUUGGGAAACAUUGUAGAAUCACUGAGGAUGUGGAGGCCCGAUACCAUCUCUGAGAAUCAGCAGCACUGGAGGAGAGCAGCCAAUCCAAGGUCUGAUUGUAGACUACUUUGAUAGAGCACGGCAUCAUUUAAGGAUUGAUUGUAAUGGAAGAUGUCAUGGUUCUGAUGGCAGACAUGUGAAUGCUUAUUGCUGAUUUACAAGGUUCAACAUAGCAUGCCCAGCCAACCGCUCGGAAGUGAGACAUGCGCCACUUUACCAUUGGUUUUAAAUUAAAUACAAAUGUUUCACUGUCAUACACUGUGUAGUGUCUACAACAAAGCAAAGAAAUCUGUUUUGCAUGUGCUGGAUGGAGAAACACUGCAGCUGGAAUUUGCUCAUAGUUAUCAUUGUCCCAGGUUGUUUGGGAAAGCACAGUUCACUUUGUGAAUGAAAAGUAAAGAGUGAGCUUUCAGCAGCAGUAGAAAUCUGCAUAGGGAGACCCUAUGUUCAUCCUGGUGUUGGUAGAAGAGCUUCAAUGAAGGCAAUAGAGGUUCUAUGUACUUUAUCUCAGAGCUGAAUCAGGUGCAUUUUUUCUUUUCCCCUUUACAGAUAAAAGCUUUUUGUAAUUAUUGCAAUGCUUAUGUAUAAAUGAUCAUUUUGGGAGAUGAUUGAGGUGUAUGACAACUUUAAAAGAAUGGUUUUCCUGCAGUGUUUUGUUAUUAUUGUGCAAGUGGUGAAUAUCUGCCUGUGUAGAGAAAAGAUAAAUUGAAUAUCAGCUUUAAAGAUUUGCUCAGUAAUUUAUAACCAUGCUUUAGGUGUCUUUUGAAAAAGAUGCUUUAAUGCACUUUGUUCAGUAAUGGGUCCAAAAUAAAAUGGUCCCAAGCUCAGCUUCAGAUUUUUUAAUACUGAUUCUCCAGGUACAAAGCUCUACUACAGUUUGCCUUAGGAUUAUAUAAAAAUUUAUGAACAAGAUGAGGAGAAUAUUUACAUGCCUGUUUGUUUGGGGUUUUUUAAAUAGAAAAUAAAUGCCUUUCCAUGUUUCUUUGAUUUCCCUUUACAUGCCCUGCUAACUGCUGAAUUAAAUGGAGAAAAAUCUGGCAGUACAUUGCUGAUACCAUGGCUUUCAGCUGGGCAACAUCCCAUAGUUCACAGGUAGGAGCCACUGAUCUUUCCCAAGUAGACAUAAAAAGACAAAGUGUGUACAUAUAGCGAACCUCACUGUUUAUCAUAGUGUCAUUAAUAAUCAAGAAACGUAUACCCUCAAAAAUGAAAAAGUAAAUCAGUCCCCAAGCAUCUGAGUACAAUGCCGCUGGUACAAUCUGGUACACAGUGCCCAGAUGACCUGGCCUGGGAUGUUGGGAGCUAGCUGAGAUGGUAUGAAAAUUUUGAAAAUUAGUUGACAGAAGAUGUCUGAUGCAAAACAGUGAUAAAAGGAUGCAUGAAGAAAGGACUUUUGUUCUAGGGUUAUUGCUAAGUUUCUGCCUAAAAGGAAAGAGUGAAUUACCAAAGUACAUGUAGCAAGGCUGUGUGUCUUCUCUUUUGCAAGAAAUAUUAGAUCUAGAAGCUGAUUUCAGUAGUGGAUAAACUGAAAACACUGCUCAGUGUUUGCUUAUACAAUGUUGGCAGGGAUUGAGCUGGAUGGAAAUACAACCAUUGAAUUUGGAGAGGUCCCAAAUGAUUUCACAUAUUUUCAUUGUAAAGAUAGAGCAUGAGUCUGAAGAGAGAUUGUGGUUUUGGCCACGGGAAAAAGGAUGGUCUUUCAUCUACAGACCUUGCUGUAUCAUCUUUAUUUUAACACAGAAUACUUCAUUUGGAGCUAAGCCACAUUUCUCCAAUGUCCUAUUAACUCAGUCAGUACUCUUUGUGCACAUAUGUUUGUGUAUAUAUGUACACAUAUGUAUGGGUAUACACACACCAGCAUAUGCACAAAUAUAGUGUGUAAUUUGUGUAUACACACACAUAUGUAUAUACACAGACAAAGUGGCAGCAAUUAGUCAGGUGUUCCUUUUUUGCUUGUUUCUUGGAAAAUUUCGUAUUCUGUAUGACAAUGAGGAAACAAGUUUGCUAUGAAUAGUAUUCUGGACAUUUUUUAACAAACAAAAUCUGUUUAUUUUACAAUACUUGAUUCAAUGCCUGAUUAAUCAAUAAAAACUUCCAUUUGAAAAUGUA